AGCGUCUCAGUUGUUGAUUGGCCAGAGUUCUGGGGGAAGUAAAACAGGAGGUGUCUCGUGAAAACUGCUUUCCGUUAAAUGUUAUUUUACAGUCUGACGAUAGACGGGAAUCCAUCAGCUCAGUGGCUGUUGAUGGACCAUCCCUAUGAAGAAACAGGGUUACAAUGGGACAGAGUACCUCGGAACAAGAGGUCCAGGGAGACAACCCUGAGGACAGGUUUAAUAACAUCAAGACAUUUGUGGAGGAGGAACUACAGACGAGCAUGAUGGUGGGGAUGGUGAUUGGUGCGGGCAUCGCCAUAGUCCUCAUCGCCAUCCUCAUCUUCUUCAUCUUGCGGAGGAUCCAGCUUCGAAACCUUGAAGCUCAGGAGGCACCCAAAUACCGCUUUCGCAAGAGGGACAAAGUCAUGUUCUACGGGCGAAAGAUCAUGCGUAAAGUCUCGCAGUCUACCUCUUCCCUGGUGGGUACGUCCUCUUCUUCUCGGCCACGCCUAAAGAAGAAGCAGAAAAUGCUCAACAUUGCCAAAAAGAUCCUGCGCUUUAAAAAGGAGGUGCCCAUCCUGCAGGCGAAGGAGCCCCCUCCCUCAGUGCUGGAGGCUGACCUCACCGAGUUUGAUGUGGCCAACUCCCACCUCCCCUCUGAGGUGCUCUACAUGCUCAAAAAUGUCCGUGUGCUGGGUCACUUUGAGAAGCCCCUCUUCCUGGAGCUGUGUAAACACAUGGUGUUCGUGCAGUUCCAACAAGGGGAGUACGUCUUCAGGCCGGGCCAGCCUGACAGCAGCAUCUACGUGGUUCAGGAUGGAAAACUAGAAUUGUGCCUUACUGGAACAGAUGGCAAAGAAAGUGUGGUGAAGGAGGUUUACCCAGGAGACAGUGUCCACAGCCUCCUCAGCAUCCUAGAUGUCAUUACAGGCCACCAGAAACCUUACAGAACAGUGUCGGCACGGGCUGCAGAGGUUUCCACUGUUCUCCGUUUACCUGUAGAAGCCUUCCUCUCUAUAUUUGAGAAGUACCCGGAGAGCCUGGUGCGGGUAGUACAGAUUAUCAUGGUUCGUCUUCAAAGAGUAACGGUCCUAGCACUGCACAACUAUCUGGGGCUCACCAAUGAGCUCUUCUGCCAUGAAAUGCAGCCCUCGCGUCUGCCACCUCCGUCUCCCCACCCGACUCGCACCAGUCCCAUCCGCCAUGGCAAGCGCUUUGGCAGCCUGACAGUGGCUGAGGAGCACCGGGAAGCUGCCAUUAAGGGUGAAGCUACAGGAGGGGAACAAGGGAAGGAUGGAGCAACAGUGCCAACUCUUAGUAGGACCAUCUCCAUGCCUGUGGACAUUGCUGGUAUACAGAAAAGUCUGAGAUCAGACUUUGACAUGGCAUACGAAAGGGGACGGAUCUCUGUCUCUGCAGAGGACGGCAACACUCCUCCUACUUUCCCUCGGUCCGUAUCCCAGGACCAGCGGGAGAGGAGGGUGACCGUAGAUGAGGUUCCCUCAGGGAUCUAUCUGUAUCCAGAGGAAGACUCGGGUGUGGACAAUAUUUUUACACCUGUAUCCAGUCGAUCCAGCACUGCUCUGUUUGAGGAAGCUCAAAAGGAGAUCCUCAAACUCAUGAAGAUUGAGGACCCAUCCUUGUUAAAUGGGAGAGUUACUUUGCACCAUGCAAAAGCUGGAGCCGUCUUAGCCAGACAGGGAGACCAGGACGUGAGUCUGCACUUUGUCCUGUCUGGUUGUCUGCAUGUCUACCAGCGGAUGAUUAACAAGCAGGAAGCCGUCUGCUUGUUUGUGACCCACCAAGGGGAGAUGGUGGGCCAGCUCGCUGUGCUCACUGGAGAGCCCCUCAUCUUCACCAUCAAGGCCAUCCGAGACUGUACUUACGUCAAGAUCUCAAAGUCGGAUUUCUACGAGAUCAUGAGGGAGCAGCCCAGUGUGGUGCUGAGUGCAGCUCACACGGUGGCCAUCCGCAUGUCAGCUUUUGUCAGGCAGAUGGACUUUGCUAUUGACUGGAUGGCUGUGGAGGCUGGCAGAGCCCUCUACAGACAGGACGACCAGUCAGACUGCACCUACAUUGUUCUGAAUGGACGUCUGCGUUCAGUCAUCCGCAAGACAAAUGGCAAGAAAGAACUAGUUGGGGAAUAUGGCAGAGGAGACCUCAUCGGAGUGGUGGAGGCCUUGACCAGACAGCCAAGAGCCACCACCGUCCACGCUGUGAGAGACACAGAGCUGGUCAAACUGCCCGAGGGAACACUAAACAACAUCAAAAGACGAUAUCCCCAGGUGGUGACAAGGUUGAUCCACUUGUUAGGCCAGAAGAUUCUGGGGAACCUGCAGCAGGGUCGCGGGCCUUUCUCAGGUUCACCCCUGAGUAUGCCCAGUAUGACAACCAGUGCCGAUGUCACCAACCCUGCUAGCAACCUCUCAACUGUGGCUGUCCUGCCUGUAUGUGAUGAGGUGCCGAUCAAUGCGUUCAACUUGGAGCUCAGCCAUGCCCUCAGUGCCAUUGGGCCCACUCUGCUAUUAACCAGUGAGAUAAUCAGAGAGCGACUGGGUGCUUCUGCUUUGGACAGUAUCCAUGAGUACCGUCUCUCUGGCUGGCUGGCCCAGCAGGAGGACAUCAAUCGGAUUGUCCUGUACCAGACUGACAACAGCAUGACCCCGUGGACUCAGCGCUGCAUCCGCCAGUCUGACUGCAUCCUCAUUGUCGGCCUGGGGGACCAGGAACCUACCCUGGGAGAGUUGGAGCAGAUGCUGGAGAACACAGCAGUUCGGGCUCUGAAGCAGCUGGUCCUUCUGCACAAAGAGGAUGGACCGGGCCCCUCCAGGACGGUCGAGUGGCUCAACAUGCGUAGCUGGUGCUCCGGGCAUCUGCACCUCAAGUGUCCCCGCAGGGUCUUCUCCAGACGCAGCCCCAGCAAACUAAGGGAGGUUUAUGAGAAGGUGUUUGAGAAAACGGCAGACAGGCACAGUGAUUUCUCUCGGCUGGCCCGAGUCCUGACUGGAAACACCAUUGCCCUGGUGCUGGGAGGAGGUGGAGCCAGAGGCUGCUCUCAUGUGGGUGUGAUCAAAGCUAUGGAGGAAGCAGGGAUUCCUAUUGACAUAGUGGGAGGGACCUCAAUCGGCUCAUUCAUUGGUGCAUUGUACGCUGAGGAGAGGAGUGCCGUCAGAACCAAACAGAGAGCCAGAGAGUGGUCCAAGGCAAUGAACUCAGUAUUUAAAACAGUCCUGGACUUGACCUAUCCCAUCACCUCCAUGUUCUCCGGUUCUGCCUUCAACACCAGCAUCUAUAAAGUGUUCCAGGACAAGCAAGCUGAGGACCUGUGGCUGCCAUACUUCAACGUCACCACUGACAUCACAGCCUCAGCCAUGCGCGUUCACCAGGAUGGUUGCGUCUGGCGCUAUGUUAGAGCCAGCGCCUCCUACACCCCCUAUUUACCUCCCCUGUGCGACCCCAAGGAUGGCCACUUGCUUGUGGAUGGUUGCUAUGUUAACAAUGUCCCAGGCUCUCUGUGGCGCUAUGUGCGAGCGAGCAUGACCCUCUCGGGGUAUCUGCCGCCUCUCUGCGACCCCAAAGAUGGCAACUUGCUAAUGGACGGUGGCUACAUCAACAACCUGCCAGCGGACAUUGCAAGGAACAUGGGUGCCAGAACAGUCAUUGCCAUCGACGUGGGUAGCCAAGAUGAGACUGACCUCUGUAACUAUGGCGACUGCCUGUCUGGCUGGUGGUUGCUGUGGAAACGGAUCAAUCCCUGGGCAGAGAAAGUAAAGGUGCCAGACAUGGCAGAGAUACAGUCUCGGUUGGCCUACGUGUCCUGUGUGCGGCAGUUAGAGGUGGUAAAGAAGAGUGCCUACUGCGAGUACAUCAGACCCCCCAUCGACCGCUUCAAGACCAUGGACUUCGGCAAGUUUGACGAGAUCUAUGAUGUGGGCUUCCAGCACGGCAAGUUGGUGUUUACUGGCUGGGCCCGUGGUGACAUCAUCGAAAACAUGCUGAAGGACCACCGCUCAGCCGACUACAACAACAGCAAGAGAACUGAUUCCUGCACGUAUCCAGGAGCUGACUUCACUGACCUUGCAGAGAUUGUAUCCAGGAUAGAGCCGGUCCAAAGCUACGUAGCUGCAGAAGCAGAGGAGUCGGACUGUCUGACAGAGUACGAGGAAGACGGGAUGGACACGGUGAGAGAGGAGGAAGGGGAGGAAGAAGAGGAGGACGCAGAGGACCCUGAGGACCACUCCCCUGGAGAGUGGGGCCAGAAUGGAGUCUUUCAGACUGAUGAGGAGAAAUCUGUGAGACAACGCAGGAAAUUCGCCAGUGACUCCAACACCUCCGAAGUCUCUGACUGCUGACAGAGGCCCCUGGAGGAGUAGAGGGAGUUUAAACAAGAACAAGGACUAAAGUACGGGUCCGUAAACUGUCAUGGCUACACACUUGGACGCCACACGCUCCUGCAACUUCUAAAACUCUGAAAUACUGUUUUUGUUUUUCUGGAUGAAAUCACCGUUCAUCCUCUAAAUUGUUGUUGAACCUUCUUUGCAUCAAGGGGCUUCCUCCUCGCUCUCACACUGGCUUCAUCUGUUCACAUUACGAUCACAAUAUGACCCCACCGUCAAAAUGCAACGGUCCUUUGAAGGUCUACCCCACCCAUCAUUUCUCUCAUCACUUUGACACCAAACUUGACCCAUUGCCAGAAUCCCUGCCUGCCUACUCCCAAACCUGUCAAAACAGGGACUCCCACAGUAACCAACACAACAAAACUGGCACACUUUAAACUUCCAAUUCAAUCUCCUGUUUCUCAGUUUCAAAUGGCCAGAAGGAUCAUUUCUGUGUCUCUGAAUCUUUAUGUAUGUCUCUAAUGUCGGUACAUUUUCAGUGCACUCCAUUAUUGAUGUUUUGACGUAGUACACAUUCAUUUCUUGUGUACACUUGUUCGAAUGAGUGUGUAUAUGUUGCCUGUGUGUUGGGAUGACUGUUUGGUACAGACCUGCAAAGCUGUGAUUUGUUUACAUAAUAGCAGGGACACUGAAAAGAAAAGUGAGAAAUACAUGCAAUAGAGCUGUAGUUAGUAAGAGUUAUGUAAGUUCAGCGUAGAUGAAGUAGAGAGUCAGGUAUGGGAAGCUGUAGGCGGAGUAGAUGUUCAUGUAGACACCAAAGUAGACUUUAUGUUGAAUAAACAGAGCUGGACCAGUGUUAGGAAGCAGAACGAGUAUGGAUUAAAAUUAGGAAACAUUUAUGGCAAAAGUUUUGAAAUGUGGGUUUAAGAAAAUAAAGAAGAUAAAAGUGUGUAGACAAGAAAAGUGAUGGGCCAGUGAGUCAAGUGUUAUUUUAAUUUAAUUUCAUUAAAAUUCACCCACAAUAGAAUGAGCUUGAUGCAUUGUAGGUAGACUAAACUGAACAUGAUGGAUGAUGGAGAAAAUGUGUAAUGACAGUCAGUGAGUGGACAUCGUGUCUGUGUGUUUGAAAUUUUGUGUUUCAGCUGUUUUGUUUGAGAUAAAAACGAUGCCUUUUCGACCAGUGUUCAAUCCACUCACAGUGAACAGUGACUGUGGAGAAGAGAGCGAUCAUUUGACUGACACUACACAACAAACCAGUGUGAGUCCACCUCUGCUUAUAUGAGGACACACAUACAGUACUCAAGGUUCCUGCGUAUAGUGGACAAUAAUGUGUGUAUGGAAGUGUAUCUGAGACUGUACAGUACUGAAAAUCUUUCUUUUUUUUAAACUAGCCGCAGAAACCCUGAGUAAUCCUUAACUUCAAAUGGGCAGAAAUUCACCUUAUGUAACUAUUAACACUUAAUUAAUAUGGACCUAUUGUAGAAAUUGUUACAAGAUUAUAUUAUAAUAUACACAAUGUUGAUAUUAAUAUAUGUAUAUGAGGUGGAAAAUUGUUAGUUCAUGCUUUGUUGAAAAACAAGGGAACCUACACCUCUUAAAAUCCAUUCUGUUUUAUUUAUACAUGUUAACUACUGGCUUUUUAAAAAUGAUUUUCUUUUUUUUAAUAUUUGGGGGUGGGGGUUGUCUUACUUUAAUUAACUUGGCUUUAGCUUUUUUUGCACUGAAAUAUUUGGAGUAUUCCUUGCUCAGAAGAUGUUUGGUUUAAUAAGAUGAAAUGCCAUGGGAAUCUAAAGAAAACCGAUCGUAAUUUAAUAUGCAUAUUGGAAAAUAAAUAUAUGCGUCAUAUCA